AUGUGUACGAACCAUGCCAGGCCUCUGGCAAGGGGGUACUGGGCAUCUACCAAAUGCUCCUUCGGGCGGAGUGCUUCGCACUUGUUAGUCCGGUGUGAGUUCGAUGUGAAGGACUCCCACAGACUCGGAACGGACGGCUUUGCUGCCGGGUUUAGCUCACCUGUGGUGGCCGAUGUGCACAAAUCAGUCAAGGCCGACAAAGGCAGCGGUGGUGGCUAUGGAGCUGAGCUACUCCAUCGAGCGCACCAAGCGUUGAUGGACGCUUGCAAGGAGAGCAGAGCUGUGGCGGUCAAGGCUAUUCGCUUGCUGGACGGGGUGGGCGAUGCCUCAAAGUACGACACCUCGGGAGUGAACAUUUUGCAGCUCGUGCGUGACCCUCGCGCGGUAGUUCGGUCGCAACUGAGGCUCUGGGGCUUUAAUAGGUUCAGCGAGGCGCUGCCGAACGUUCGAAAGUUGAAGAGCAUGACGGACUGA